UUUUCUUUAGGAGUAUCUUUCUUUUUCCUUUGAUUUUACCCUUUGUAUUUAACAUCCCAUCUUGCUUCUCAAUUCCUUUUUUCGUGUUCGUCAACGUAUCCAACAAGCCUCAAUUCUCAAUCUUCUCUAUUACCCCAUAAUUUUUUUUAUCUUUUUUUUUUGGGGGAACAUUAAUCUGAUUCCUAGAGGAUUUCAUUCUCAUGGCCACCACGGGAAACAAGAACAUCAAUGCUAAAUUAGUUCUACUUGGGGAUGUUGGAGCUGGGAAGUCUAGCCUUGUGUUGCGCUUUGUUAAAGGGCAAUUUGUUGAAUUUCAGGAAUCAACAAUAGGUGCAUCUUUCUUUUCCCAGACGUUGGCUGUGAAUGAUGCGAAUGUAAAGUUUGAGAUUUGGGAUACAGCUGGUCAAGAGAGGUACCAUAGCUUAGCACCGAUGUACUACCGAGGAGCUGCAGCCGCGAUCAUUGUGUAUGAUACGACAAAUCAAGCAUCGUUUGAGAGAGCCAAAAAAUGGGUCCAAGAACUUCAAGCCCAAGGCAAUCCUAACAUGGUAACGGCACUUGCUGGGAACAAAGCUGAUUUACUAGAUGCAAGGAAGGUGGAACCAGAGGAGGCACAAACUUAUGCUCAGGAGAAUGGUCUCUUCUUCAUGGAAACCUCUGCAAAGACCGCAUCCAAUGUCAAUGAAAUUUUCUAUGAAAUAGCUAAAAGAUUACCCCGAGUGCAGCCAGCGCAGAAUCCUGCUGGAAUGGUUCUCAUGGAUAGGCCUGCAGAACGGGCCGGAAGUGGAUCUUGUUGCUCAUAGGCGAUGGUUUUCGAUCCCCUCUUGUAUCUUCUAAAUAGCUCCUAUAAUGCUCUCUGGCUUUGCAAUGAGGUUUUAUCUUUCCUUUACUCUGUACUAUUCAUUCCGAGCUGUACAUGCAUGUUGUCUAGAGGCAUUGAUGUCAACCCGUUUAUUAAGUUGGAGAUUGGUUUUCAUGUAAUCAAAAGUGUGGUAAUGCUAUGUUUCACAUCCAUAAGUACAAUCUGCAUGUUCAAAUAAAUAUAUGCCCUUGUUUGUUUUGACUU